AUGUCGGCACGAAGCGCAUAUGCGCGCAAAAAAACGACACAGGCAAAGAGUAAAGACCCAGUCAAGCAUGGAAGAGCUCAAUCUAUAGCCGCUACGUCUUCAAGUGGUGAAAGCAUAUAUGUCGAUACUUCGUACCCACCGACUAGCCCAUUCACAUCGUCUCCUCGAUAUCCCCCACCAAUACCACAAUAUGCUGCCAUGCCAAUGGGAAAUAGGGGCCCGGCACCAGAUUGGAAUAGGGAUGCAUAUAUGAGUAAUCAACUUGCUUCGCCAACAGAGGACUGGGUUCAUGGACGAACAAGGAGAGCGACCAUGCCAGAAGAAUACAGCACCAUUGAGAAAAGUGGACUGCGAUCAAUAAUCGACAAACGAAGCGACGAUGUGAGGAAGACUAUAGCAAAGACUUUUACCUUUCGCAAAAAGGAAAAGGACGAGGAACCAUUGGACGAAGAUGAUGAAUCCAGCCGACCAAGUGCUGAUACUAUACAACCCAGAAUCAUCCCUAGCCCUGGUCUCAGUCCUACUGAGAGCCGCGGUUGGGAUAUACAAUCUACAGCGCCAACAGAAUCACGUUUACCAUCGGUAUCUUCAUCGACACCUUCUCAGUAUCUUCUUUCACCGUCGCCAAGAUCUCAAAUCUCUUGCAACAUACCACUUGCCGGUCCACCACCAACUGGCAAGUUGCCGCCAAUACCUCAGACAACUCCCGUGUCAGCACCGCAAAUGAAGCGUUGGUGUGGAGGAGGAAAACCCAUAACCAAGUGGAACAAAAUGCGAAAAGACCCGGAGCUAUGGGAUCCCAACGGAGACGUCUUGAUCUAUCUCGGACGCAAUGGCCAAAGCUUGCCCACGAUGCGUAUCUCUUCUUAUGUCAUCGAGGCAACCAACAGUCGAUAUUUGACUUCGCUUCUGAAUCAAGGUUCACUCGAAGGACAUGCGAAUCCGCCGCCUUCGCCUCGAGGUGAAUACUAUGAGGCAAAGCUGGGGCAAGACCUUCGAGAUGGUAUACUAACACCUCCUACAUCGGGACGUACCAGCAUAGGGGAUAUGGGAGGACAAGUCUUGUACAAAAUGCAUUUUCCGCCUCCGCAAAACGCCAAGAGCAUCGACCAGUUGCGUCACCAGAUCACUACGCGCAACUUCUUUGCACUACUGUUGAACGCUUCGCUCGUAGGCCUGUCUUUGCACGAAUCUUUAUCUGACCUUCACGUCCGGCUCGACAGUUAUAUGCCUCCAAACAACGACAAUGUCAGUCAAAUAGUGCGCUAUAUAUAUAACCGCGAUCUCGACGAUGUUCGAAACAGCCCUUCAAUGGCAAUGUCACUGCUUUUGUGGGCUGAAGAGCCCGACGUCAGGUGGGAAGAAGGUUGGAGAGAAUGCUUCACACAUUGUGUGGGUAUGUACGAUCUUGUGCAAAGGUGCAAGGACUUUAAGCGCAUCUCCCCGAGAACGAGGCAAUUGAUGGACAGGGCGAGCAAAGAGAUGUCAGACCGCGUACAGGCUGCUGAGGACCGUCUUGCUGGCUUCAGGUUCCAGGACAUAUACAUAUUCACCCCAGAAACUGUCUCGGAGAUGAGGGCAAUUGGUAGACUGAAGGACAUGUUUCUUCAGCAUUUCGAGCGUGAGUAUGGAUCUUGGCCUCCUGCGUCGUCGGCGCAACAAGACGGCCGAUCAGUCAAUACUGCUGAGAAUGACAGAUGGUUGACCCGGACACUGGCGAUGAAGCUUCAAAAAGACUUUGGUGCGCUGUAUGAUUGCCUGGUGGACCGAGACAUUGUCUGGGGUGUCUUGGAACUGCGAUCAAGAAAUAUGUUGACGCUGGUGUCUAAAAAAACCAACAGGCCUAUCACAUCGGAUACGGACUACUUGCCGAUAGCAGAUAUGAUGAUUGAGUUCGACAAGAAAUAUCGCUUCCCGCAUAUUCCGCACCCAUAUCCUUUAUUGCCUGAGUCGACAGGUUCAUCUCGAAGAAACGACGCGAAGACACGAGCCGAUCACAUCAAUGCUUUGGAAAGGAGGAUACGACUCGCCUACAUGGAAAGCUACAACGAAAAUGAGAUGGACAGCGGGUUCGUUACCAACAGUCUUGUUCAAGCAUUCGAGCGGUUUGAAAAGACGGAUGAUAUCGAGAACAUGAGUCCAGGGACGGCACGACGCAGCCGCUGGAUUCUCAUCUACGGUAUCCUUCAAUCACUGGCGUCUAUAUCCGUAGAUGAUGGGAGGGUUCAGUACAGCGACAAGGUUGAAUAUCACUUGAGUCCAAGGCUCGAAGGGGUAAAGUUGCCACCGUGGAAACGGGGACCGAUCGAAAACAUUGGAGAGGAAGCGCACGAAAGGUCUUAUUGCUGGACAGAAGAGACGGAAAGAACAGAAGAGGGAGAUGAUGAUGAUGAGGUUGAUUUGAGUCUCAUUAAUGAUCUUGAUCUACCAAUACAGAUGAACACGGAGGGAGCGGUCGGAGGUCGGAGCACGGGGCCGGCGAUGAGUGGAUCUAACAGCACGGACACAGACACGGGCAUGAACAGAAGUUUUCGUCCAGGGUUCAAAGAGAAGAGAAUCCGGAGAGACCGAGAGAACGAGAGUCCUGUAGUGACGGAUUAUCUGUAUACUUGA